AGUACUUUUUACAGAAGGGAGGAUCUUUCAAAAAUCUCAAAAUUCUAGUGGUAAACAAGAUCCUAAUUUUAUAUUUUAAAUGUGAAAUUAUUAGUGAAUAUAACUAACUUAAUAAGUUCUGAGAACCUUACACCACGAGGGUAUUCCUCCAGUGCUUUAAUACCUGAAGGCCAUGGAGGGUGAGGAGAGCUUCCACAGGAAACUAAAGGCUGAAGAUAUUCCUAAAGUCCAUACAAAAUGCAACAAAACCCGUCCAAACUCCAGUCCACAUGUAUUACCAGACGCGCUGCCCGCGUCGACCUCGGGCGAGCCGGCUGCGGCUGAGGAGCCGGCGAGCAUGAGCCAUGCUGCGGACGAGCAUCCAGGCAAAGAAAAUGAGGGGUCCAUCAGUGACUGGAUCACGGGCGGCCCGCUCGGCUCCAAGAAUGCCGUCCUGCUGUUCAGAAGCUGCGUCUUGGCCCCCAAAGCCUCCGUGGAAUCCGCCACCAAAACCGUAGCCGUCGGCCAGAGCAAUGGCACAUCCAUACUGCUUAACAAAGCAAAGAACAUGGCCAAAAGACUGGUUGCUGAACCCCACUCGUUCAACAUGAGACCAAAGCAUAUAAUGCACGAUGUGAUAGAAACGUUUGGGCCGAAUAAGUAUGCUAAUCAGGCGUUUGUGGUGAAGCAUGUGAGUGACAGUGACGUGCCUGAGACGGUGUCGGAGAACGAACAGGGCUGUGAGGUGCACAAGAGAGAUAUAGAUGAUGUGCUGAGUGAUUUGGAUAAGGUGACGCUGAAGAAUAAGAACCUGAAUAUAGAGAAUACGACGGCGAACAUCAAACCGCCCGCUGACCCACCGCCGGCUAAAGAAGUAACCAAAGAAGACAAGAAGAAGAAGCCCAAGAGCACAAAAAAGGACAAGAAGGCUCGGCCGCGGCCGCCGUCGCCGUCCGCGCAGAGCGACGAGUCCACCAGCCUGCUGCUGCGAAGCGUCGAGAGCAUUAAGGUCCUAGAAAGCAGCAACAUGCCAGCCCGCAUCCUCAAGAUGACGUACAAGCUGGUGAACACCGAGACCAAACUCCUGCACCGGCUGCUCCAAGCUCACGGGCUUUCUGAGGCGCCGCCCGACGCUCGAGGGGUUAACCUGCUGUGGUCGGGGCAGCACCCGAAGCCUGACGUGUUGAGGUCGCUGGCUCCGUACCAGAGGGUUAAUCACUUUCCUAGGUCGUACGAGCUGACGCGCAAGGACAAGCUGUUCAAGAACAUCGGGCGCAUGCAGUACGCGCGCGGCCUCAAGCACUUCGACUUCAUCCCGCUCAGCUUCCUCAUGCCCACCGAGUACAAGGACCUACUGACUGCCCACUACCGCACGAAGGGCCCGUGGAUCGUGAAGCCGGCCGCCAGCUCGCGCGGCCGCGGCAUCUACAUCGUGCAGACGCCCGAACAAAUACCCAAAGGCGAAAACGUGGUUGUCGCGAAAUACAUCGACAAACCACUACUCAUAGGAGGGCACAAAUGUGACCUCCGCCUGUACGUGUGUGUGACCUCUAUUGACCCCCUGCUGAUAUACUUGUAUGAAGAGGGCCUGGUCAGGUUCGCUACGGUCAAGUACGACACCAGCAACAAGAACCUAUGGAACCCCUGCAUGCAUCUGUGCAAUUACAGCAUUAAUAAGUACCAUUCGGAUUAUAUCAAAUGCGACGACCCCAACGCGGGUAACAUCGGCCACAAGUGGACGCUGUCCGCGCUGCUGAGACACCUGCGCAAACAAGGUCGCGACACCCGGACUCUAAUGGCGGCUAUAGAAGAGCUGGUGGUGAAGAGCGUGCUGAGCUCCGCGGAGACCAUCGCCGCCGCCGCGCGCCUGUUCCAGCCAAGCCCCGGGAACUGCUUCGAAUUGUUCGGCUACGACAUUCUAAUAGACGAGAUGCUGAAGCCGUGGCUGUUGGAAAUCAACCUCUCUCCCAGCCUCGCGUGCGAGUCGCCUCUGGACGCGCGGGUGAAGUCGGCGCUGCUGGCGGACACGCUGACCCUGGUGGGGCUGCCGGCCCCCGCCCCCGCCCCCGACGCGCCCCCCCGAGCCACAGCUUGCCGGCGCGCCCAUUCCUCCGACACCGACGCCCCCCCGCGCUCCCCGCCCCGCCCCCGCUCGCCCCCGCACCCCGCGCGCCCCCCGCUAACGCGCGACGAGGCUCGAGUGGUGCGCACGGCGAGGGAACAACACGCGAGGAGGGGGGGGUAUGUGCGCAUAUUCCCGAGUCAGACGUCGUGGCAGAUGUACUCGCAGUAUUUGGACCCAGUCACCGGCAUCCCCGUCUGCUCGACCUCCCCCAGCAAUAAACCGGAGUGCGGCCCCCGACACAACUACAACCUGCUGCUGCACGCGCACGCGCUGCCGCCAGCAGCCCGCGCCGCCGAGCACGACAGAUUACAACGCUACGAAACCGUCACCAUUACAUCAACCGCGCCGGCGAUAUCGCUGGGCUCGCCAACCCACCAGCCCGCGUGCGACCGACGCCGCGCCAAGCAAGUCGUCAAGCAGUGUCUGGAGGACGGGAUGACGCUGUCGCCAGUAGCAACCCGCCGCGCCUUCGGUCUCUUUCUCUCCCAUUUGCUGCGGCGGCUGUCGGGCGGCGGCGGCGGCGGCGCGCAACACGCCGCGCUGUUGAGCCGCCUGCUGCGCCGCGCCGCACAACCCAUCUCCCUCCCCCCACAGACGCAAGGCCCCACAGACAAGAUGUGCGACAAGGACAAGUGCGCGCUCGUAGCGAAACAACUCAACGACUUCCUAUACGACUACUACCGGGAGACGGACGGUCUGGUCGACAGCGGGGACCGGCAGGGGCGCGUGCCCGACAUGCACGCCGCGCAGUUCCUGUGUGCCGCCAGCGAAGCGGACCUCGAAGAGAUCUUGCUAAUGGUCCUUCGGGCCAACGACUACGUGGUCCCGUGGCUGUCAGAGAACCGCCCCCUGGUGGUGGACCUGCCCCCCGCGCGCCUCGCCGCCCCCCCGCGCCGCGCGCUGCUUGCCUACCUCGCGCAUCUAGCUCCUGUUGCUGCUAGGAGGUAUAGGCCAGUGGCGGAGUCUAAAGAGACAUCCAUGGAGGACGCCCCCGCGCCCCCCGCAGCCCCCGCGCGCCGCCGCGCCCCCCCGCCGCAACGCCUCUAG